CAACGCAAACUUAUCUUUUGGCAGCAGUAAUCUUGACAGAUUUCUUUUCUCUCUUCUUUUUUUAUUGGCGAAAAGCGAAUACAAAAUUAGCAUCCUUCAUACAUACAUACACGGAUUGUAUAUCAACUGAUUCUACUGGUCCAUCUGCGUUUCUAUUCUAAAUUAGUAACAAGUGAAAUUAUACCUGCCGAAUAGAAAAUGCUAAUUGUAACAUAGUUUAAGUACAAGAUCAGUUGGAGUGCAUUGUAGAAGGCAAUGUGUAUUAAGUAAACAACAAAUACAACAUUUUUAACGAUUUCCGUUUUGUACUGCGAUUUGUCAACGCAACUUCCGCUGUGGACUUGCUGCGCUAAAUUAUAAACUCUUGGAAACCCCCCAAAACGACGGUAACAAUAAUGAGGCAUAACCGUUAAAAUUCCAAAAUACAGCAAUUUAUAUUAUUGAUACACGUUGCAAUAGAAGUGACAUGCUGCAUGAAUGGAAUGUUAACAUACAUAGAAAUACGCUUACGACUCACCAGAGGAGUUGCAAUUGCAUGCGAAUAGGCGUUAUAUUGCAGCUGCUGCGCGAAAAUUGUACACAAAAAUGGACCUCGAGGAGUUGACCGAUAUAUUUUACACAAGCGACAAGAAGGGUCAAGUUUGCCGCGUCAAAUUGAAUGGACUGGGUUUCACUUUGCAGCGUGAAAACAGUAAUGGUCGCGCCAGAGAGCAACUCAUCGAAUUAAAAGACAUAGUUGGUAGUCGUUGUAUUGUCGUGAAAAAGGAUCGUCGUGGCUGUUCUAUGCUCUGCAGCUCCGCCGCACAAAAUGACGGCAAUCGCAGCGAUAGCGGUGAUGAGACUAAGAAGAAAUACAAUGCGGUUACUUAUGAGCAUAACGAUGCUAGCGCAUAUCUGUACGUUUUCGCCUAUAUACUCAAUAAGAAGCAGCUACGUAAUAUAAUACGUCGUGAACGUACUGUCUUGAAAUUGCGUUUUCGUUCCUUUGACACUUUUGGCGACAAUAUGCGCGAAGCGGAACGUUGGUACCACACGGUUCGAGCAUUCAAGGGACGCAGUUUGGGCUAUGAAGGCAGCCAUGAACGUCGCAUUUUGGUAUUGUUGAAUCCGAAAUCGGGUUCCGGCAAGGCAAGAGAAAUCUUCAAUCGUCAAGUAGUGCCAGUCUUAAAUGAGGCAGAGCAACCGUAUGAUUUGCAUGUUACAAAGCAUGCGAAUUAUGCGCGCGAAUUUGUGCGUGUGAAAAUUUUAGAUAACUACAGUGGCAUUGUGGCAGUCGGCGGUGAUGGCCUAUUCUUUGAGAUACUAAACGGUUUGCUAAUGCGUGCCGAUUGGUUAGAGGCACGCAACAUACCUUUGGGUAUAGUGCCAUGUGGUUCUGGAAAUGGUUUGGCGCGGUCCAUUGCGCAUGUGUGUGGAGAACCCUAUGAACCAAAGCCAAUUUUGGGUGCCACACUCACAAUGCUAAGUGGCAAGUCGAUGGCCAUGGAUGUCGUGCGCAUACAACAACAAAAUCAGAUACUCUACUCGUUCCUCUCGGUUGGUUGGGGUCUCAUCUCAGACAUUGACAUCGAAAGUGAACGCCUACGUUCACUUGGCUAUCAAAGGUUUACGAUUUGGACAUUGCAUCGUUUAAUCAGUUUACGUACAUAUCGCGGCAAAGUAUCAUAUCUUCCCAAGGAAACUGUUUACAUGGAAAGUGACACUGUGUCACUCGCCGAACCGUUGCCACUGCGGCACAGUCGCAGUUGUAAUACCUGUUUGGAUAAGUUGAAUAGCGGUUGUUUUCAAUCCAGCGACUGCAUUGAAGCCAGCAAAUACUAUGAUGUAAUUUCACUGCAAAACUCCAUCAAUCAAUCGCUGCAAUCACGUUGCGAUAGUUGGUUCUCGCCCGCUUCCUGCCGUAGUACUUAUCAUUCCGUUUCGGAGAGUAUUUAUCACAGUGUCGACGGUGAUAGCGACGCUGCGUCGCAUUUGCAACACAGCAAUUUGAGUGUGCAUUUAUGUGGUCCAACGGGCAGUGCGCCAACGCUUGAUGAGCCCGUACCGGCGUCAUGGGUGGUGGAGGAGGGUGAAUUCGUCAUGGUGCAUGCCGCGUAUCAAACACAUUUGGGCAGUGAUUGUUUCUUUGUGCCACAGGCGAAAUUCAACGAUGGCAUCAUUUAUGUGGUGAUCAUACGUAGCGGCAUCAGCCGUUCGCAGUUGUUGAACUUUUUGAUGGGCAUGAGUUCGGGCACACACGUGCCGGUCACCAAUAAUGAAUUUGUGAAAAUGGUACCGGUGACGGCGUUACGCAUCGAACCAUACGACAAUGAGGGUAUUCUGACGGUCGAUGGCGAACGCAUCGAAUUUGGUCCAUUGCAGGCGGAAAUGUUGCCGGGUAUGGUGCGUGUGAUGGCACCAAAGUGAGCUUAGCCCAGUUGUGGUGAAAAAGAAUAUUCAAAGUGUUGUGUACCAUUUAAUUCCUUUACGAUGGCUUUUAUUGUUGAACAUUUUUUAUAUUUUGUUACAU